UCGCCCGAGUCGCCUCCGACCUCUGCGCUGCGCUGGCGCGCCGGGCCUGGGGAAGGGGCGGGCGCGCCUGGGAACCGAUGCCCGGGAGCGGAGGCCGAGAUGGCUUCGGCGGGAGGCGACGAGUGCGAGGGCGCAGCGCCAGAGGCCGACCGACCACACCAGCGGCCCUUCCUGAUCGGGGUGAGCGGCGGAACUGCCAGCGGGAAGUCGACCGUGUGUGAGAAGAUCAUGGAGCUGCUGGGACAGAAUGAGGUGGAGCAGCGGCAGCGGAAGGUGGUCAUCCUGAGCCAGGACAGGUUCUACAAGGUCCUGACGGCAGAGCAGAAGGCCAAGGCCUUGAAGGGACAGUACAAUUUCGACCACCCAGAUGCCUUUGAUAAUGAUUUGAUGCACAGGACUCUGAAGAACAUCGUGGAGGGCAAAACUGUGGAGGUGCCGACCUAUGAUUUUGUGACGCACUCAAGGUUACCAGAGACCACGGUGGUCUACCCUGCAGACGUGGUUCUGUUUGAGGGCAUCUUGGUGUUCUACAGCCAGGAGAUCCGUGACAUGUUCCACCUGCGCCUCUUCGUGGACACCGACUCUGACGUCAGGCUGUCUCGAAGAGUUCUCCGGGACGUGCGCCGAGGGAGGGACCUGGAGCAGAUUCUGACGCAGUACACCACCUUCGUGAAGCCGGCCUUCGAGGAGUUCUGCCUGCCGACAAAGAAGUAUGCUGACGUGAUCAUCCCGCGAGGAGUGGACAAUAUGGUUGCCAUCAACCUGAUCGUGCAGCACAUCCAGGACAUUCUGAACGGUGACAUCUGCAAAUGGCACCGAGGAGGGUCCAAUGGGCGGAGCUACAAGAGGACCUUUUCCGAGCCAGGGGACCACCCUGGGAUGCUGACCUCUGGCAAACGGUCACACUUGGAGUCCAGCAGCAGACCCCACUGAGGGGCUGCCAAGCCUUGGGCUGGAAGACCCUCUCUGAAGAGGACCCACUGACUCACGAGUCCAUCUCAGUUGGUCAAGGCCCGGGAGAGCGUGGAACAAGGGGAAGUUAUCAUUUAGUCACAGGAUUGGUUGGAGAUGGAGGUGCCCACGUGUGCAUGGACUUUGCAGCAUCAUCUGAGCAGUUUUCUACUGCCACACCUCAACUCCUGAUAAGAGUCUGAUCCCACAAUUCAGCAACCCCAUAGCCAUGGGGCCAGCCUGGGAGUGGGUGACUGACAGCGCCAAAUCUGGAUGAACCAGGUACACUUUCCAGUGCAGUUCGCCCACCACGCCCACGUGAUCUUCUGGGCCAGAGGGUCACUUCCUCCCUGGAUGACAGCAAGAACAGGUAGGGGCCCAGGUCUUACCGAUGAGCAUCAACAGAGCAGCUCCCAUGGCGGCACAAUGAGAAAAGUGGAGCUCCAGCACUAUCUGGUAGGCCAUGGGGACGGACAAGGCCCCAGUGAGCGCCGGCAGCAGGCGCAGGGACCACACGGGCACGUUGCUACUGUAUUCUGGAAAAGCAACCACACUGCAGAGCUGACUGCACUGCGCACACCAUCUCCAUGUACUGCAGCUGUGUUUUCACACAGCACCAUCACGUUCACAGACUCUAAAAUGCACAUUUACAAAACUGGGGACCACAUCAGCAGCGGAGUGCAUAAACCAUGGGUGAGGGCUUUGAAAUGAGCUUUGCAAUAGUCACGGAACCCCAUCUCAUGAAGCAUAGAAAGGACUAAGGAUUCUAAAAUUACUGCCUUAUUUAUACAUUUACCCUCCCUAUUUUCAAAAACAUUGUGGCAAUGCACAAAAUUUACCUGUACAAAAGAUAAUUGCAAUCAGAUGCUACAUAAUAAGUGUACCAAAAACGAGGGCGAAAAUAAUGACUGUAGCUAAACACUAAGAUUUUAACCAGACUUUUCAAAAGUCUUUCAUUUGUAUACAACCAAUUUAUUAUUUUCUGGACUCAGAUUAGUAAGGCACAGUUUCUACGGGAUUAGGUAUGAAAGGAAAAAGCCACAGUUGUUAAUCCCUACAAAAACCACAAUCUCUCCAUUCUAACCUGUGCACAUUAAUAAGGGAAAUGAAAAUUAUCUUUUACCUGCUCCAAUUCUGUUCCACAAAAAAUUGCCAUCGAAUCCUCCUAAAUAACCUGAAACAGAAGAUUAAUCAGUAACUAUCCCAUUCAGCAAACAUUUCUAGAGUACUGUGGCAAGCAAUAAACAAGAUGCAUCAAUAAUAA